AAUUAUUUGUCAAGUGCAUACGUUUGACUUGUCAAUAAUUUUGCAAUUCCUUUAAAACAAAAUAUUAAUCAUAAAAUUUUAGAUGUAGGCACUAUAAAGGUACUUUAAAAUUUUUGUAUUAAGAAUACAACAAAUCUAUUAUGGGUGGAAAAACAAAACAGAGCCAGAGAACUAAGAAUAAUGUUCGGCCCUCAAGUAGUGGCAGAAGUGCAGAAAUACUUAGUAACAGUCUGAAAUUGGAUUCAUCAUACGUUAUAACAGGGUCCGGGAAAGUUCUUCCGGCUUUAUUUCCAACACUUACAACAACACCAAUUGACCAAGGCCUUAGUCCUGAAUAUACAGUGUGUUUUAAAAAAUUCCACAAAAAAGAUCCCAUCACUAAAACUAAGGCUUUACAAGAGCUCACUGAACUAGUUAAAAAUGGUGAUAAAGAAGAAGUGGUAGCAGCGCUGCCAAGCUGGGCUAACAUCUACCAAACACUCACAGUCGAUGGUGAUCGGAGAGUCCGAGAAACUGUACAGACAUGUCACAGUGCUGUUAUCUCAACGUGCGGUCGUCGCGCGGCUCCAGUACUGCGACGUAUUCUCCCCGCUUGGUUGCUGGCCAGCGUGGACGACCACGGACCAGCACAGACUGCUGCUCUCAAUAGUCUUCAGAACACAUUCCCUGAUGGAAAAUUAGCUGAGGCCAUAUCAUUCUGCAAGUCGGAAAUCCUGUCAUUACUAAUAGACAACCUCACUGGAAAUGCAGAGGCUAUGCUCAGUAACAAGGUGGAGGACGUUGAAGAGCGAAGUAUGCAGGUGUCCCGUCUGUUGGGCUGUAGCUUGCUGGCGCUGCGAGCCGUGCUGUUGAAACUAACGGAACACCUGCAACAUAUAGAACAGCUGGAGGAGCAGCGGGACUGGCUGACAGGACAGCUGGAACACCUGCUCGGGAAUAACGCCUUCUGGAAACUGGCCACACACGAGUCCCAACAUGUCCGAUACUCCUGGUAUUCCUGUAUGGGUUCGCUGUGGUCGGUGUACCCCGGGGCGCCGCCCCCGAGUCACUCCCGCCGCCUGCUGCGGGCGCUCACCAACAGGCCGGAGUCCGGCGCUUCGCCCUGGAGCGCCAUGUUGCUGAUAGCUAACAGUCACCCAAAUUGGCACGAGUGGUUAGACAAGAAGGAUCUCCUGGUUAAGAGAGUCGUGGGUGUUCUAGAGAGUGGUGGUGGAGGGGAGUGUCGUGUGUUGUGUGAGUCGUUGCGCGGCCUGCUGUCGUCACUCCCUCGCGACAUGAAGACCAAAGACUUCUGGUCGACCUUCUUCGAUGCCGCCUUCAAGGGUCUUAAAAACAAAAAUCUACUGAGUUCGAGGAGUGAGAGACAGGGUUGGAUAUCAAAUAUAGCGGAAUGUCUGAAGUAUGUGAGCGAGCAGAAUGACGACUGGGUCGUUGAAGUUAUCACGGAAGUGCACCGGACGUGGCUGGAGCUGGUCGCUACCGCACAGGACAGGCUGACAAAGACCAAUAUGAUCAAACAUUCCGGCACGCAGAUGGCGAUGUUGGUCAAACACUGGCUUCAAAACUCCAAAGACUUAAGCGACGAGAAAUACGACCAACUCAUAAGAAACUACUGGCAGAACAUCGGUUCAACGAUCGCCUCGCACAUCGAUAUCCUGUCCCUGGAACGGAGCGACAUUGCAAACUCGAUCGAAGCUCACACUGUAAUGUUGAAAGCGUUAAAGACGGGGUACCACGAGGACGCCAGGCAGCAGCGCUGCAUCAAAUUCGCUGACGAAGAUGACAAAACGCAAAAGGAACCAAUUAAAGUGGAACUAGACCGGCGCCUACAGGAGCGGUUCGAGCACAACCUGCACGACGUCGCGGACAACACGUGUUGUAGCUACUUCGAUUUUGCUCAAACGAAGCAAGUCUCCAAGUGGGUGUUCCCGUCGCUCCAGCCUCUGCUGGUUGAGUUCGAGUGCGAGCGUCUGUUUCGAUCUCUGGCGAGGCAUUUCGGUUGCCAGAACGUAUUCGGUUUUUACGACAAAGUGCUCAAGACCUGGCUGUCCGGAGACACGAUGAGAUGUAACGCUCUGGUCGACGUGAUGUUCACUCUGGCUCAGUAUUUGAAUGAAUCAGAACUCGAAGCCAUGUACGACUCCUUCCAGCAGUUUCCUCCUCAAGUGGUGGAGUGGUGUCUGUCUCCGUCCUUGUCUCUCUCGCGGGGAUCGUCGUCUAUUGCAGCGAGCUGGCUGCGCGGCCCGGUGUGCGAGGCGGCCGUCGUGGGGCUCAGCAAGCGACCCGAGGACCCCGCGGCCCGGCAACUGUUACUGGAAUGUAUGGCUGUCGAUGAACGGGGAGAGCUGCGCGUGAGUGAGUCGACGGUGGUGAAGGUGCUGAGUGUGUUGUCAUCCCUAAUGCCGGUGCCUCCGCCGAGCGAGGUGUCGUCCCUGGCCUCGUCCCUGGUCCUCUCUCUGCACGCUACCAACGUGUCCGACCGCUGUCAACAACUCGUCCUCGUCAUGUUCGAACUGGUGCUAAAACAUCCGAAAUCGUCUUCUCUUCACUCCUCGCUCCUCGACUGUCUGCGCGUGUUGGGUCGCGAGUGUUCGUCGGAGGCGCUCCGCAGGGCGAGGGCCUGGCUAUAUCACGACAUAGAGGAACUGGACAUGAGUCGUAUAGAGCACGUGGCGUCUCUGUGUCCGCACGUGUUGUUGCCGAGCGAGUCCGUGCCCGCAGACACCAGUGACCUGUCCGCCCUCACUCGCGCCCUGAUGGACGACCAGCUCCGGCCGACCGUUCCGCUCGAGGUGUUCUCCCUGAGAUGUGACUGCAUCUUCGGGAACAUCAACUGUCCGAUAGAAGACGACAAUGACGUCGUCAAGACCAUCGUUGCCACCUCCGACAUGGACCACGCGGAACUUUCCAAAAUGGACCUUAUGGUGCAUGUGUACAAGAGUCUGUUCCGCUCGUUCUUCAUCCAAGCCAUCGUCACGCGGCACGCGGACAUCAUGGCGGACGUGUUCUUCCGGGAACAAUACGCGCUCUGCCUGUACGAAUACGUCAUAAUCAAGACUCUGUAUGACAGAUACGCCUUCUGGUGCCACUAUGAAAUUAUAUACGAGACCAAGAACCGCAUGGACCUCGUGCUGGACGACAUAUUCACCAAGACGCCGUACAAACACAAGGCGUCUCUGUUGAUAUAUCUGUCGGAGCAAGCGGCCGCCAAGGGCUACUACUGGUCGUACGCGACCAGGCUGUUCGACGACAAGGUACAGGAGUACGUCAAGAUGAACCCCGACAAUGAACCCAUCUGUGAAGUCGAGAAGGAGGUCUGCGUGGAGGCGGACCUCUCCAAGCAGGUUCUGGACUCCAUGUGUAUAGAGAAGUUGAAGGACAUCAUGACCGGCAACGGUUUCUUCCACAGCUUACAGGCGGAGCGCGGCGGGGUCCAGCGUACUCGUUACAUGGUGAUGUUGCGGAGUGUGUUCGCGGCUCACAGUCACGAGCCGGAUGUGCUGCGGGCCGCCCUGUCCCCCGGCUGGGGCUCCAAACACACCCCCGUCGACCUCUACUACACACACAACCACGUCAUGCUGUAUGAGAGAGAGCUGAUCGCGGCGCCCUGGAGCCAAAUAAUAAGCAACGCGGCCAUCGUGGACUUCCUCAUAGAGUCCGUGGAGAGAGGCUGGGAAAUGUCCGCCGCGGAGUGGGACUUCACCACCAUCACGCUCUGCUCGCUCAUCACCUCGCUCAGGAACAGCGCCGAGGGUUGGGAGGCCACUAAGGUGUCCGCCCUGGCCCGUCCCGUGCUCCAGCUCCUGUCGUGCGUGUCGUCGUUCAUCAGGGAGCUCCCUCGCCGCUGCGUGCUGGAGCAGCCCGCGCCGCACGUGGCCGCGCUCGUCACCGAGUGGAAGGACAUCUUCGCACCGGACAUCAACAGGAACCUGUUCGAGAUGCUCGUCAUCGUACUCAAGUCAGCGGACGAGCACAUGACGUCCAGUAGAGUGGCGACCAUCGCCGGCCUCAUCACGGCCACCAAGCACAUGGACUACCAGCACGUGAAGACGAGGAGCGCCGACACCGAGCUCAGGAACAUAGCGAGCGUCGCCAUACGAGUGCUGGACAGGAUGACACACCACGCCUACAAGUACCUGGCCUUCCACACGCUCGACCUCAUCUCCAAGCACAUGGUGCUGGACGACGCUGAAAAGUUAUCCGAGUGGAGCGCCCGGUCGGACGACAGUCCCCGGCCCGAGUUCUCCCUGUCCUAUUACGACGACACGCUGAUCCGGCUACAGGAGAUGGUGGACGCCGCGCUCGAACACGUCGACGGUGUCUGUGGGUCCCGCGUGGUGUGGUUGUCUGCGGGGGGGCGCGUGUCCUGCUCCCUUUUGCUGCUGGCCGCGGCCGUGUUGAGACACGCGGCCGCCGCCCGGACCGACCUCGCGCACAUGUACAUAGAACUGUUCAGGGAGAACAAGUACGCGGAGUGGUGGAUGCAGACGACCCUCAAACUGCUGCCUCAGGAAGUGGCGGCCUACGCCCUCGAGGAGACCGACACGCUGCCCGACCACUGUCUCAAGGACUUUGACAUUCUGCCCGAACUAAACGUCUACGGUUGGUGUAACGGCCGCACGGUGACCCGCCUGUCGUGCUGGGUGUUGACGGCCACCUUGGGCGGGUCGGGGGCGGGCGGCGCGCGCGGCUGGAGCCUGGCGUCCCCGCGCACGGCGCGCGCCCUGCAGCGCCUGGUGCCGGCCGCGGUGACCCCGCCCCUGGUGCGGCGCCACCUCACCCAGCUGCGAGAGCGCGCGGGCGAGCUGUCCGGGGCGCGAGUGUCCAUCCGCUGGAUGCGGGGCGAGGUCCGCUGCGUGCUAGAGCUGGAGGAGCGCGAGCUGGAGCUGACGGUCCGCUUCGCCCCGUCCCACCCCCUGGCCUUGCCCUACGUGUCCACUCCACCCAAUUCUCCCGCGCCGGACACGCACUGGAUCGUGCUGUACUUGGCCUACCAGAACGGCACCUUACUGAACGCCCUGAAGAUGUGGAUCUCUGCGGUGACGGCGCGCGUGGAGUCGUCUCCCCAGUGUUACAUCUGUUACUGCCGCAUGCACCCCGCCAGCGGCCGCCUGCCCACGGUGCCGUGUCAUCAGUGCCGGAACAAGUUCCACUCGCCCUGUCUCAGAAAAUGGUUCAGCACAAGCAACAAGUCCAACUGUCCCCUCUGCCGCUCCAAGUUCUAAUUCAAGAACUGCUAAGUUUCCAGGAGUCACAGCAUGAGUGAAUGUUGAAGUGUUUAGAUGACGUCAUUGAAAUAUUAAUCACAUGCUACAUAGAAAAUUAUCAGUUUUAAAUAUAUGAGGUAUUUCAGAGUUUUCAAUAAUCCUUUUUAAGUGUGUUUUUAUUCCGUCUUCAUUAAUGUAGGAUGUAAGGCCACAGACCAUAUUUAAAGUAAUAUCUCAAUGUAAAUACAAUAAACUGAAUUAUCUGAAUGUUCCUCCGUCACGGUCGUUGUAUAUAUUUGUUGUUUUGUCAGUCGUGUUUGUAACAAUACUGAGUUUUUGAAAUAAAUAAAGAAAAUCAUGUUCA